CGAUACAGAACGAAACGUAUUCGUAAGCUUCCGUAACGUAUUGUUCAGUAGGAUUCCAACGGCAAACUACGUACGACAAUAAUUCUGAAUUUUAACAAAAAUUUUCAUUAAAAAUCUCUUGUUUCUCGUCAUGUUACGUGUUUGAGGCAUCAUCGUUCUUAGUUUUCUCCAACAACAGCUCACAACGCGUUAUCAUCAGCAAUCAUUCGAUCACCUGAGGACAGGAAUCUGUUGUUGUACGCUACUAAAUUUAUCGCAAAGAAGAAUAAGCCAAAACCAUGUCUUUUUGUGGGUUAGCAAAUGGAAUAAUUGCGGAUGGAUUUUGUGCAGUCGAACUACCCCUAAGCGGUACGUUACAUCAACAACAGACUCUACGGACGAAGCGAAAAACUCAUCCAUAUUACUAGAGGUCAGAAUUUCAUUUCAUUAAUCGUAUCUUUUGCUUUCUCUUCUGUUGUUUUCCACAUACAGUUUCGAGGCCGAGAAGCGUGCGUGUCCACGGAGAUUCCGACGAAAUCUUUGUCCUGGAAAGAGAAACACAGUCCAUCGUGCAUCUCUUCGACUCUGACGGGGACGGGAUUCCUGAUAGCAAAGCAAUCGUUGCUUCUGCGAGUAAUCUGAAUCAUGGAUUGGCCAUUUACGAUGGUUACAUCUACGCUUCUAGCGACUCGACGGUGUACAGGUGGCCGUUGUACGAGGGCGAUAUUGCAGGUAGCGUUUCAAUGAAUUACAAUGCCUUUCCCCUUGUUAACGAGGAGGUUGUAGUGAGCAACAUUAAUGAGGACGGUAUGGGAGGCGCUCCCUUAGGCCAUAAGACACGGACCCUCGAAUUCGACAAAUCAGGAAUGCUGUACAUUUCGGUAGGUUCGAAUAAAAACGUGGACGGCGACUCCUAUCGAUCGAGAAUACGAAGGUUCAAUAUCAGUGAUCCCUCAGUCACAUUUCCUCAAGACUUUCAGACGAUGGAGGUUUUUGCGGAUGGGCUGCGCAAUGAAGUCGGCUUAGCUUUUGACAAGCACGGUAUACUUUGGGGUGUAGAAAACAGUGCAGACAAUCUCGUACGAGAAGAUCUGGGUGGUGAUAUACAUGAAGACAACGUAAGUUACGUAUUGUGCCUUGCGAGACUGUCUCGCAUUUUUUAUCAUGCAAAAUUGCUUGUGCUCAUCGAAUUUAUUUUUAUUUCAAAUGAUUUUGAUAAUGCUUAGCCUGUAAGUCGAAUUCACCGCCAGAAAGAAAAAACAGUUUAUCGACGAUUAGACUGAAUGCUCACCAUUUCUCGUCCGUUAAUCACACCACUAGGCUGAAGAAUUGAAUAGAUUUCGUCCGGAGGAUGCUGGGAAGCACUGGGGAUAUCCAUACUGUUGGACGGAAUACAAUCUCCCAGCCCCCACUGGUAUUGGUAGAGGCAUGGUAUGGGCGUGGCCUAGUUUUUUUGAGGAUGGCACAAUUACAGACGAAGAGUGUCGCAAUGAUUACAUAGCCCCCGUGGUACCUAUGCAAGCUCAUUCGGCACCUCUUGGAAUCACAUUUUUCAACUGGCUACCCGCUCAAGAAGUAGUGUCGGAGGCUUGUAAUGGAGUCAAGUCAUUUCCAGAAGAAAUGAAUGGUUUUGCCUUCAUCGCAUACCAUGGUUCGUGGAAUCGAGAUGUACCUACCGGGUAUAAAGUUGUAUAUGUUCAAAUGGAUGAAAGUGGUGAUGCGAUAGGCGAGCCAAUUGACCUAUUGGCACAUUCACCACCAAAUGCUAAGUGGGAAGAUGGGUUUCGCCCAGUGGAUGUAGCUUUCGAUAGUUGUGGAAGGUUGAUCGUCACAAGUGAUGGAACGAGAGGUCGAGGUGCAAAAGUGAUUCGUAUCGAAUAUAUCGGUCGAGAAAUAAAUGGCUCAACAGAAGCUUCAAACCCACCAGACAUCUCCUCCGCUGCGGAAUUUUCAAGUACGCAAAUCUAUGCGUUUCUUUUCGCAUUUCUAAUGGUAGCAAUCUGUUCAUAGUUGGAUCAGAGCAGUUUGAGAUGAUCUGAAUUCAACAGGCAUGGAAAAUAGUUGUCGAUGCAGCAGAGACAUCACGCGAAGAAUAAUUUUCUGAAAACUGAAUUAGUGUACGCCUUGAAAUUGUCAGUGGCGUGAAACGGCAGAGAGGCGUUGAUUUCAGUCGGGCAUAUUGUAUUUGUUGCUAGAUUGACUUUCUUUCAAACGAAGCACACGUAUUUAUCAACCCUCGGGGUCUCAAUACUCGGUGAAAAAUAGCGAUUUAUAAUGAAUUGCGUGUUGUCGCUUCCUUAUCUCUGGGAGCUUCUCUCUUCAAUUUGAUCCGCAUAACAAAGCUGUUGAUCUGUGAUGAACAAGGGAAAGACCUUUUGUACACGAAAGCUAGCAGCGAGUUGAAUCGUUCGCGCGUUCGUCCCCUUCCUUUUUAGCGGGGAAGAUUGGCAUAUCUAUCGACCAAUCUAUUGUUGGCGGCCUCCAAAACCAUCGGAUUCAAUAUAAGCGGCCAGGGUGCACUCGCGACUUUUUUUUUAUCGGCCCCUUUCGCUGUUUCCAAACUUUGUUGGACUGGAUGCCUUGCUUCGCUGCGAUGAUCUUGGAUCACCGUCGGAUUUUUUACGGCGUCCUCCAGGAACUGACAAACAUCUUUCCACUCCAGAGUUCGGUUUUCUUCCUUUCUUUUGUUUAUUGUAUUUCCGUCCGACCGAUCGGCAGUAGGCUGGUGAAGAUGCUCAUCAGCCUCGCUUGCGUUUUCUUCUGCUUUCGCCCGAGAAAGAAUAAUGCUCAAGAGUUGGU